AUGCAUGACAAAAAACAUCUACUUGAUACAUCGAGUGCAUCUCCAUGUUCAUCCUCUUCUCAUCGUAUAUUUGCUCCACUCAACACACCUUUGUAUCGUCGCUGCCAAACAUUAUCUGUUCUUGUUUGGUUUUUAAUGCCAUGGUUUUGCUUAUAUUUAACAAUACAUUUUUUCGUUUUCGUCUCUUGGUACGUAACUGGUGUCUUUCUUGUCUAUCUAACAUGGAUGGUCAUGUUUCGGACGUAUCCUAAGGAAGGUGGUCAUAGACAGCAGUGGUUACGACGACUCUUCUGGUGGAAAUGGUUUGCCGGUUAUUUUCCAAUACGUUUACAUAAAACAUGCGAUUUACCAUCUGAUCGUUCUUAUGUAUUCGGCUAUCAUCCGCAUGGAAUUAUUUCUCUAGGAGGAUUUGGUAAUUUUGCGACUGAGGCAACUGGUUUUGAAAAUUUGUUUCCCGGUAUUAAUCUUCGUUUUCUUGUGCUCAAUUCAAAUUUUCAAAUACCAUUUUAUGAACUAUUUUUAACAAUGAUGGGUAUAUGUGAUGCAUCGAAAGAAUCCUGCAAUUAUAUUUUACAACAAGGCAAAGGCAACAGUAUUAUGCUAGCUAUUGGUGGCUCAAAAGAAUCAUUAGAUGCACGUCCAUCAUCUGAAUGUCUAUUGACGCUUAAAAAUCGAAAAGGUUUCGUUAAAAUUGCUUUAGUCAACGGUGCAAGUUUGGUUCCUGUAUUUUCGUUCGGUGAAAAUGAUCUGUUUAAACAAAUAGCUAACCCACGUGGGUCAAAACUGCGAUCACUGCAAGUGAUGCUACAAAAAAAGAUGGGCUAUGCAUUGCCAUUAUUUUAUGGACGUGGUAUAUUUCAGUAUAGAUUUGGGCUUCUACCUAAUCGACAUCCAAUUGAUACAUAUGUCGGUGAACCGAUUGAAGUACCAAGAUUAGUUCCAGAACAAAUAACAUCUGAAAUCAUUGAUAAAUAUCACAUGAAAUACAUGAAUGCAUUAAUGCGUCUAUUCGACACAUAUAAAGCACAUCAUGGUAACCCCAACGCAUCGCUUGUUUUCGUUGACGCUCCUAACGUUUAA